UUUUCCUUUUAUUGCCGCUCAUUUCCCUCUUUUUUAUCUUGACGUCUCCGAUCUCCCCCUGUCUAUUGCCUUUAUUUUCUCUCCCGCCAUCUUUUCUUCUUUUGUUAUUUAAAUAUUGCCUACCUGCCUCUCCUGCUCCAAGUCUUGAUUCUUCUUGUUGUGACUUUUGUUCCGCUUCUACUUGACGUCAGCUGGGGCCGGUCGAUGAUGAGCCAGUGGCGGUGGCCCUCCCAACAGCCUCCAUAUCGCCUUCACGGGCGCCUUGAUUCAAAUCCUGGGCUGGGGACGUGACAAGACGAGACUAUUUAAUUUUGUCCCGUUUUCUACGUCUCUAUUAUUUUUUUUUUUUUGACAGUUAUCACGGUGACCAUGUAUCACGGCGGAGACGCUACGUCUCAUUCCAACGAGCCUACUCCGCGACCUACGCUACCUGCCGCUCCUGACCCUGCAUGUGAUACUGGAGCCGACCUGCACGAAUCCUCUCAACGUCGCGACUCGGACGAAAUCCCAGCAGCCGCAGACCUCGAUAUCUUUACUCUGAGUCCUGUCGCCGCUUUGAAGUUGCUAUGUCGCAGUAUUGACACCUUGGUUCGUAUUACCGGCGAUGUGCCCCCGACACCACCGAUCAGCCGACCUUUGACCCCCGUGUGGUCCGCCGCCGCGGCGACGCAACAAACACGAGGAGGUGGAAGUGGAGGAGGAGGAGGAGGAGGAGGAGGAGGAGGAGGAGGGUCGUCAGAACAAAGCGAGGAAUGCACAACGGCGCGUGAGGGGGAGCAGCCACACACCCCACCAAAGUCGCGGGGGUCAGACGACAGUAUUGAAGGCAUCAUUUUUCGCAAGACGUCCAUCGGCAGUCCGGAAGCAACGCCGCACGAGUCCGUUACGGCCGUCAUCGGCGCAGACGCAGAGGCGGUUGAGAUCCAGCAGGGCGCCAUCGCUCGGAAAUUUUAUUCGAAACACCCGCCGCCCAUUUCCCUGUUCGACUACCUCAUGCGCCUGCACCGGUUCUGUCCCAUGUCCACGGCCGUAUACUUGGCCAGCAGCUUCUACGUGCACAAACUAGCUGUUGAGGAAAAGACCAUUUCCGUGACCGGUCGCAAUGUGCACCGGCUCAUGCUUGGCGGGUUACGCGUCGCGAUGAAGGCGCUGGAGGAUCUGACAUACUCGCACAGUCGAUUUGCCAAGGUCGGUGGUGUCAGCGAACGCGAACUCGGCCGACUCGAAAUCAGCUUUUGCUUCCUGACGGCCUUUUCGCUCAAGGUGGAUCCCGAAAUGUUGCAGGAGCAUGCCCGUGCCCUGGAGCGCUCCCAGGGUAUGCUCGAAGCACCCCCGCCCGGCUUCACGCCCCGCUUGCCGCCGCUCAGAGCUCGCAAGUCCACCCAAGCCCACGAGAUUGCUACGGCAGUGUGAGCAAGUAUUCUUCUCGUCUACAACUCGUCUUUUUAUCAACCAGCCUCAGCGCAAGCCCCUAUGCUGCCUCGGUCGUAUAUGUUCUGUCGGGUACUUUUCGGUACUAUACCUAGCCUGCCGACACACCGCGGCCUCCGAACGAUGGCACACGGUAAACCACUCACGAGGUCGAUCUAUGGCUCAUUUGCUUGCUCGCCAUAUACGAAUGCAACCUCGAAACAAGCGUCUUGCCAUCUUGACCGUCCAUCUCGGGCGACGGGCGAAACAUUUCUCUUGUGAUC